AUGACUAGCUUCGAAGCCACGGCUCUUGGCAACGCUCCCCAUGUCGACGACGACGAGCUGUUCAUCAACGACGUCAACUUACGGGAUGCAAGGGACGGACAAAGAAAAGAUAACGGUGGUGGCCGCGAAAGGCUUAGGCUGGAGGAAGAGAUUCCUUCGGAGAAUGAGUUUCGCACUACCGGCUUGAGGCUGUUUUUAAUCCUGAGUUCGCUGCUUGUUUCCGUGUUUUGCCAGGCUCUCGAUGAUACCAUCAUCGCGACAGCUAUACCCCCGAUCACGGACCAGUUUCGCCGGUUAAGCCAUGUAGGCUGGUAUGGAUCUGUCUAUCUCUUAACGAAUUGUGCCUUUCAACUCUUCUAUGGCAAGCUGUACAAGAUCUUCCCAUUGCGCUGGGUUUUUAUGAGCGCCCUCUUCAUCUUUGAACUCGGCUCGCUAGUUGCAGCUAUAGCUCCCAAAAGCGAAACAUUGAUAACCGGUCGUGCCGUUGCAGGUAUUGGUGCAGCUGGAAUAACGAGUGGCGCCAUGACUAUCAUGGCUCACACCGCCCCUGUUCGUUGGCGCCCAACAUUCACCAGUAUGAUUGGCGCAGUAUACGGGGUUGCCAGUGUUGUUGGCCCUUUAUUAGGAGGAGUACUUGCAGAAAAGGCUAGCUGGAGGUGGAUUUUUUAUUUGAAUUUACCUCUUGGCGGAGCCUCAGCAUUUAUCCUCUCACUUUCGCUCAAACGACUGCCACCCAGUGCUGGUGGGCAGAACUUGACUGUUGCCAUGACGGUCAAGCGACUAGAUCUGGUGGGCACCUUCACCUUUAUUGCCAGCAUAGCUUGUCUUCUCACAGCAUUGCAGUAUGGUGGAACAACAGCUCCAUGGUCGUCUGGUCUCGUUGUUGCCCUAUUAACGAUAUUCUCAAUACUGUUGGCUACAUUUAUCCUAGCUCAGGUUCUACAGAAGGACGAAAAUGCAACGAUCCCAACGCAUAUUGCGAAAAAUAGAAACGUGGCAUUUGGGGCCUUUUUUGCGAUCUGUCAAGGCGGUGCUUUCAAUAUCUUUAUCUUUUAUCUCCCACUAUACUUCCAGGUUAUAAAAGGCGCCAAUCCGAUCAGGUCCGGUAUAAAUUAUUUACCACUAAUCUUGGUUAAUACCAUUGGUAUUAUUAUAUCCGGUCUUCUCACUACUAAACUUGGCUAUUACAUGCCCUGGAUUUGGUUCUCUAGCAUGACGAUGCCCAUUGGAGCCGGCCUCCUGACAACGUUAACUGUUGAUUCAAACCCUAGCCAGUGGGUAGGAUACCAGCUCGUAUUUGCUAUUGGUUCAGGGUUUGGCCUACAACAACCAUUUGUGACCGCACAGACUUCACUGCCGCUUGAAGAAGUGAGUACUGGUAUGGCGAUCAUGUUAUUCUCCCAACUGGGGGGAGGAGCAAUUUUUGUCCCUGUUGCACAGAGCGUUUUUCUCUCAGAGCUUGUGACUAGUGUGGGAAGGGCAGGAAUCCCAGGUUUAGAUCCUCAUCAAUUGAUCACACUGGGUGCGACCCAGUUCAAGCAAAUUAUUCCCCCAGCGGAUAUUCCGAAAGUGGUGUUAGCCUACAACAGUGGCCUUCAACAGGCAUAUAAAGUUGCACUCGUUUUGGCUUGCGUGUCUAUUAUUGGGCCUCUGGGUAUGAAAUGGGUUUCGCUGAAACCAGCCACCCAAAAGGAAAACCCAGGUAUAGCUGAUCUGGAUAAGGUGUAA